GGAGCUGCCGGGAGCACCGUCCCUGUGCAGAUGGCGGAAAUAAAAUAAUGCUAGUGAAGCAAUCAUUUCCCUGAAGUUCAAGUUUUCAGGCUCACUGCCAUUAUGGAUGAACAGCAAGCUUUGAAUUCAAUCAUGCAGGAUUUGGCUGUGCUUCAUAAGGCCAGUCGUCCUGUAUUGCCCCAGCAAGAAACAGGAAAACCAAAGUCAUCUUCACCUAAAAAACAGAAUGAUGUUAGAGUCAAAUUUGAACAUCGAGGUGAAAAAAGAAUCCUGCAAUUACCAAGGCCUGUUAAACUUGAAGAUCUUGCAGCUAAAGCUAAAGUUGCUUUUGGACAGACUAUGGAUUUACAUUACAGCAAUAAUGAGCUUGUAAUUCCAUUAACCACACAGGAUGACCUGGACAAAGCUGUUGAACUGCUUGACCGUAGUGUUCAUAUGAAAAGUCUCAAGAUAUUGCUUGUAAUACAUGGAAAUACACAGUCACCCAGUGUAAAUAAUGUGGAACCCUUGCCCUCACUGGAAGAUUUAGAUAAUACAGUGUUUGGUGUGACAGACCGAAAAAGGCGACUGUCUGUAAUAGGUUCUAAUACUCGUGAUAGAAGUUCACCUCCCCCAGGAUACAUUCCAGAUGAGCUGCAUCAGGUAGCCCGAAAUGGGUCCUUCACCAGUAUCAACAGUGAGGGUGAAUUCAUUCCAGAAAGUAUGGAUCAGAUGCUGGAUCCAUUGUCUUUGAGCAGUCCUGAAAACUCUGGCUCAGGAAGCUGUCCCUCACUUGACAGCCCUUUAGAUGGAGACAACUAUCCCAGAUCUCGGAUGCCAAGAGCACAGAGCUAUCCAGAUAAUCAUCAGGAAUUCUCAGUAGAGUAUGAUAUCCCAAUAUUUGAGAAAUUUGGAAAGGGGGGGACUUAUCCCCGAAGAUACCAUAUUUCAUAUCAUCAACAAGACUACAAUGAUGGUCGUAAAACUUUUCCGAGAGCCAGAAGGACUCAGGGGAACAGCUUCCGAUCACCAGUUAGUUUCAGUCCCACUGAUCACUCACUGAGCACCAGUAGUGGAAGCAGUGUCUUUACACCAGAAUAUGAAGAUAACCGAAUGAGGAGGAGGGGAAGUGACAUAGACAAUCCUACCUUGUCAGUCAUGGACAUCAGCCCACCCAGUCGCUCACCACGAGCUCCAACUAACUGGAGACUUGGUAAACUGCUGGGUCAAGGUGCAUUUGGCAGAGUAUAUCUGUGUUACGAUGCUGAUACUGGAAGAGAACUGGCUGUUAAACAAGUUCAGUUUGAUCCUGAUAGUCCAGAAACCAGCAAGGAAGUAAAUGCACUUGAAUGUGAGAUUCAGUUGCUGAAAAACCUGCUGCAUGAAAGAAUUGUUCAGUAUUAUGGCUUCUUGAGAGAUCCACCAGAAAGAACACUCUCUAUAUUCAUGGAAUAUAUGCCUGGGGGUUCCAUCAAAGACCAACUAAAAUCAUAUGGAGCACUCACAGAGAAUGUGACUCGUAAAUAUACGCGGCAGAUUUUGGAAGGAGUUCACUAUUUGCACAGUAAUAUGAUUGUCCAUCGAGAUAUUAAAGGAGCAAAUAUUUUGCGAGAUUCAGCAGGCAACGUGAAGCUCGGUGACUUUGGUGCCAGCAAACGACUGCAGACUAUCUGUCUCUCUGGUACAGGAAUGAAGUCUGUCACAGGAACUCCAUACUGGAUGAGUCCAGAAGUUAUUAGUGGAGAAGGGUAUGGCAGAAAAGCAGACAUCUGGAGCGUAGGUUGUACAGUGGUAGAAAUGCUCACGGAGAAGCCCCCGUGGGCAGAGUUCGAAGCAAUGGCUGCCAUCUUUAAAAUUGCCACUCAGCCAACCAACCCCCAGCUACCACCUCAUGUCUCCGACCAUGCUCGGGAUUUCUUGAAACGGAUUUUUAUCGAGGCCAAGCUGCGACCAUUUGCAGAUGAACUGCUAAGACACACGUUUGCACACUAUCACUAACAGCCUGCCUCAACUCAGCUUGCAUCUACUGCAUUUAUUUUCUAUUUGACUGCACUUUUAUUUUUAUUUUUUAAAAAAAAAGGAGAAAAAGACAAGAGAGAGAAUAUUCUCUUGAAUCUUUGUUUCACUUAGAUUGUAAACAAUCUAAAUUUUGUAUCUAAAAUGAGAAUCUUCUCUCCCCCACUCCCACCAGGACUAGAACUUUUUGUUUCUAUAAUGUACUGAUGUGGUUCCUGUAGAUAAAGCACUUUAGUACAUAUUUGUUCCUUAUUUAACGUGGAAAAAAAAAAAAAAGACAAAUGCUUGGACAGUCAGGAACUGUGUGACUUUUUCUGACACCGCUGACUGACUCAGGGUGCAAGGAAAAACAGACAUGCAGCUAAAGGACAAGAAGGUUACUUCUCUGUGAUUCUUUAUAUUGUAGGUACUUGUGGCAGAGAGUUCUAAGUUCUUACUAUAUUUUAGCAUUUUAAUCAGUUUCUGGAUUUUACGGUUUAAGCUGGAACACACAAUCCUGAGCGUUAAUGAUAAAGCUGGAAGAACUUGGAACUCUUUGUACAGCAGCGUGUCUAACCGGUACUUCUAUGUGACCAAAAGAAAACAACAAAAAAAGAACUCAACACUGAUGUACUAGUUAGAGAUUUUGGUGUAGAGCUAUUGUAUUAUCUUAAUAGGAAAACAAUUACAGGUAAACAGAUUAUGGACCCACACUCCUAGGAAUACUCUACUGCGAGGGGAAAAUUUCUGUAAUAGACAAGGGUCAGCUGUUGGAUGUAAAUAGUUAGGAGAAUGCCUCCUGCUGUAUCUGCCAAAGAGAACCUCUGUUGCUUAAGCUUGGAGGGAGAUGGUUAUCUUAGAUUAAAAAAAAAUAGUGAUGUUGAGAGUCAAUUCUCCUCCACAAUCCCAUGAAUGGUUGGGGGGGGAGAAGGCAAGUGACUAAUCCUUGUGCAGUAUAUGAGUUACUUAAUUCAGAAUGAGCUAUAAGAAAUAGUGUUUUCAAAGCUGUCCAGAGGCGCUAGGAUGGAAUGUAUGUCAACAUCAAGUGCCUGAAUAACAUAAAAUACUUCCCAUUAUGCAUUAAAAAAAUCUGUUUUAGUAACACAAUUCUGUCAUCUAGGAUGUGUUGAAAAUUCUCAAAAUAAAGUUAAACAUCUUUUAACACCAGGAAUAAGUCACUGAGAAGGAUAAAACUCCAGUUACAUUUUUAAUAAGGUAGCAAUGAUAAAUCCACAUGAAGGAGGCGGCACAGGACAAAAGAUUGUAUGAGGUAUAGGCCAAAAGUGCAGAGACCCAGCAAUUAAAUAACAUGAGAAUGAUGACUCCAGCCUGAUAAUUCAGAAGAUUGGUGUUUGUCAGAUUUCCAACUGUUAUAAAAUGUACAUUAAUCACUUUUUCUAUUUCUGAAAGAGUAUAAUAAAAAUGCAAAAGUAAAACUCUGAAAUACUGCUUCUCAACUGAGAAGUCCAGGUACUGAUCAGGUGUAGUGAAUAACUGACUCCUCAUAACAGAGAAGUCAAACUCUCAUAUUUUUGUAGAACACAACAUAAAUUAUUUAAAAGGACAUUUGGAAAUAAACUAUUGGACUACAGAACUGAAAUAACGUAUACUGUUUUGGAUAAUUCAUUGCUUGCUUUUGUUGUUUUGUAAAGUCAGAGCGGGCUGGUACUGUGAACCUUGUCCACUCUAACAAGGCUCUACCUCUUUUGCAUCUUUAGAGGACUGUCAGAAUUAUGAAGUGCAUGGAGAUAGGCCAAUCAGCUUACCCAUUCCUACAUGAGAUUUCCGAAUUUAUUAUGCUUUCAAAUUUUAUACCAGAGCAUAAGUAGGAGUAUGGAUCUAUCUUAACCACUUUACCUGUAGUGAAGUAAAAAUUAUUUUUAUUUUGUUUUGGUUUGUUUUUUAGCAGUCUCUCCUGAGACAGAGUAGUGGCUUCUUUUUUUUUUUGUGAGGAUUUUACCCAGCUUAUAAUUUUCUUAGUCAGGGUAUGCAACUGUAGACAGUUUUCUGAGCAUGGGAAGAACUAGUCAGACAAGGGACCGUUAGAAGGCUGAAAGGAAAGUCAACUUGUUUCUCUGUCACUAGAUAAAAGCUAUGAAAGCAGCCUUUAAGAAGAAUUGGUGUGUACUCUGCUGUAAAAGACCUUUGCUUUAUAAGCAAAAUUUAGUGACAGCAGGGAUGGGAAGUUUAAUGUAGAGCCUAAUAUUUUAUGUAGGUAAUUUAAAGAUCAUAUAAUUGAAAUGAUUGAUUUCAAACAGAUUAAGAAGGUACUAAAACCAAGGUGAUAAUGUAUAUAAAAAUCAGUAGUGGACAGUGAUGUAUGAAAAGGUAAGGAAAUUUUAUAUUACCAAAAAAGGACAUUAAAGGGAAAAUGUAACCAGGUUUAUCUGUAGCGUUUGUGACAUUUAAAUAUACUGUCCUAAAAAGAAACAGCACUCUCUGAAGCUUGAAAAUUUUCAGAAUCUAGUUUUCUUAAUGUGUCCUUUUUGUGAGACAGUGCUGGCUCAUGUAUAUUGCAAUAUCACUUCCUCAUUGUGAUUUUUAAUUACUGAAUAAUUUUCUGCUUUUAUGCCUUUUCUAAAAAUUGCAUUCAGUCAUGACAACAGUAAGCAUUUUGGAGCCAGGAAAAAAAAAAGAAUUUGCAGAAUGCUUUUUCCUUAAUUUCCUUGACAUACUAGAAGGCUGCCAGCAUAAGGAUGGUGCUUCUUAAAUGAAGAGGACAUUUUCAAGUGGUUUUAGUAAAAUUUUAUGAAUUUAACCCAGAUUGGUCUUGAGCUGUUUUUGGGGUUUUUUUAACCCUAUGGAGAAUUUGUCUACUGACUUAAGCAACUUACAGUAAAUUACAUAAUUAUUAAUGUAAAUUUUUGAGCUAGAAAUAAUUCUGAAUCUAAAUCAGACUUUUACCAAAAGGUUAGCUAAUAUUUAUCCCCUACUGGGGUAGUGUAGUAAAAGAAGCUGCAUUAUAUGACGUAGUAGGUCUGUAUACAAUGUCUGUAAAACACGUUGAUUACUAGCGUGAUGCUGAACAAACCCUAGUUCUAGAAUUUGAGAGGGUGCAUGGAAUUGCAUGCUUAAAACUCCAUUGGAGGAGGGUGACAGAGCUAAGAUCCUUGCUCACAACUUUUAAUAUUUUACGAACAAAGAUACCAGCAUUUCAGAAUCAUAAAUUACUCUUAACUGGUCAAUCCAAUUACUAGAAAAUGUCAAUAGAAACAAUACUGUUUUGGUUUUCUCUAAAUGCCACGAUGAAGCUGUGAAGGGUCGAAGUUCACAGUGAGUGUGUAUUUUCAAAGGACUUACUAAUGAAUUUUAUUAUUCUGUUUGUUGCACGUAUUAACUAACAAAAGUCAAGCUACUUCUGUAGUUUGAAUGGUGUAACUAACAGUCCUGCUAGAGUGCAACUGAAAGUUUCAGUUGUUAGAUCACAUUGUUUAUUUUUAAUUUGGGCGAUAGAAAUAUCCAUGCAAGAAUUAAAAAAAGGUAUGGAUAUAAUAACUGCAAAGUUUAAAUAUAGUCUUAAAAUUUUCAUUUUAUUUGCAAUUUGAUUUGUAGCUAAACCGCCCUUUCAGUAUAAAAAAAAUCAGAGGUUGUUUUUUUUAGCUAGUGCCUUUUAUCUGUAUGCCUUAAUUUUGUUCAUCAUUGAACACCAUAUUGAAAUAUGUCAUACAGUUCCAUGUCACCAGAAGAGUCUUAGAGUGUGGGUUUUUUCAUAGUGCCCAAACCAGAAUUCACCUAACUGCACUGAAAAGUGUACGUUGGUCAUAAACUGCUGCAGACAUAUAAAAAGUGGGUUUUAGAGCACUUCCAGAAGGCUUCCUGUGCUAAUAAGGUUUUGUAUUUGCAUUUUGGAGGUCACACACUGAUGUGCGUACCAGGAAAAGGACUUUUCUGCCCUCACAGAAAUACUGUUAGAGUUGAGAUUUAGCUUCCUAGCUCUGAGUACUAGACUCUGGGUUUACUGUAGAGACCGCAGCAGAGUUCUUAAUGGACUUGAAAUUGUAGUUGGUACAUACGUAAAUGUGGUACUGUAUUAAAAGCUUUUUAAUUCCAGUACACAGGAAUAUGAUGUGUCUAAGCAAAUCAAUAGAUUUCUCAGUGAAUCAUGCCCAUUAAAUUCUUUCCUGUGCCUUUUGGAUAAUCCUAAUCCUGCCGUUGUCUUGACUGAAAGCCUUGUAGCACCUGUAGGUACAGCACAGUACAGCAAGCCAUUCUUUUGGAAAACACAGAACAAUGUCUAACUGUGGCUUCAGAGACUUGAGCAAAUUGGUCAGAUCUACUGUUAUUUAUAACCAAUUUCUUACUUUUUUAAUCUUGAAAGUCUUUGUCACGCAUAUAGAAAAGCAUUAUUUGUGUGCUUGAAUGUAAGUCCCUAUGGUGUUUCUGGAAAAGCAAAAGUAUUACCAACCAGUAUUGUUUUUUCUUACUGGUAACUUGCUGUCUUGCAUUAAUGACAAGUCUGCAGUGUAAAAUCACAUACACUUACCAAAGCUUUUCUAUCCCCAUAUACAUAUAGCCAAAAGUGAUAUUUCAUGGAUUAGUACUGUUAUUUAUAGAUAUCUAUAUCUCCAUCAGUAAGCUAUUGCUAACUGAGUAAAGCAGGUACUAGUAAAAUGUGGUAGACACUGCCCAUAUUUAAGAGAUUUGGGUAUUUAUAUAUUUGCUGUUCUGAUGUGCAAAAUUCAUGCCAUCAUUAAAAUGAAGAGUUUGCUUUUCAAAACUCUUAACAAUCUUACUGUUGUCAUUCUAAAAUGAAUGCAUAGGCUCGGUGACUAAACCUGGUGACCUUUAUAGCCGGGUUUGAGCUUUGGGACAUUUAAGGAAUGCCAUGAAGAUAAGCAGAUUUAUGAUCUGAACUGCUCUGUGCACCAUAGUGAGAACACUUCAAAGCUGAGUCCGCUUGAUGUGGCAGCCAAAUGUCACCCACAGUUACGGGGGUGUUGAUGCUGCCUUCAGGAGGAGCCACAAACACACACCAAAGGGAGCUGUCAGAAUUCCUACCAACCCGGGAUUUCUGCAUCAAAAUCCUUGAUGAGAAACAAAGGAGCUCCUUCCUCUUUUUAUUUACCCCUCUUGGCCUGCACGGUUUGUUGUUCUUUCUAGCUGGCGUAACUUAAAUACUGCAUAGGUGGUGGCCACUGAUAGCUCCUGAAUAAGGUGCAAGUUCAUGUACAGCUUUAUACCCUGUCACUUGAACCCGGGACGCUGCAGCUACCCACUUGCUGGAGCAACCCUUGGGUUUUCUCUAGCAAUACAUACAUAUACAUAUUUGAGGGUUAGAAGAGAUGGAAGAGAUGAGGUUUUUUACGUUUCAAAGCACUGAUGCUAGCAGUCACGCUUUGGCAAAGUCUUAGUUUUCAUAAAUUUAUGUUAAAAGAGGAACUGGAUUAAAGCACAUUAAAAUUGUAUCUCAUGGUUCAGCCCUUACAUUGAGUCCACUGAUGAGGAUUGGAAGUCAGGGUCUGUUGUGGAGAGAUAAGGAAAAGGAUACUCAAACUCCAGAGUGGAUAUUCAUGGGAAAUAUUUCAGACGUUUGUCAUGUCUUUUACCCCAAAACUUGAUGAUCCUUUUCCCCAGAGGUUAUAUAACGUGGAUUUAAAAACAAGGAUUGUAUUUUCUUUACUGAACAGGAGUUAGAUUGUCAGAGCCCUAGUAUUUCUUGUUAAUACCAGUAAAAAAAAGGGUGUCAUCCUAAAAUUGGAGCGGUUUAUUAAAGCAUAGUGUCUGUCAUCUCAGACCUCGCAGGAGUCGUAUAACGGAGUAUCACUGUAAAUACAUGGAGGAGACUUAGAUGAAUCGGAAUGUAGGCUUUUAGUUUUCAUGAAGCUAUGAAUAAAAAUUUGUAAAUUUACUCAAUCUAAUGUACAUUUUUAUGUAGCCAUUAAAUUCUCUAUUUAAUCUAUCAGUUUCUCACUGUAAAUGUUUUUACUCUCAGUUGAAUGCUGGGCACAGUUUGUAAUGUAUGUACACAAAGGUGUUUUUUUCUAUCAACGUUGACUUUUUUGCACAUUUUUGGAAAUAUUUAAUUUGUACACUGAUUUAAUACUCUGACCAAUUGUUGAUGGGUGUAUGAGAAUCACGUGUGUGUGCAAUGUACUACUGUCUGGAUGUAUGGGGUUUUUUAUUACUUUUGAGAUGUUGCUACCAGUAACUGCACUGCUGUUGCUGCUUUACAUGGAAUAUCUUGUGUAUAAAACAAAAAAAAAGAUAAAAACAAUUAAAAAAUUAGCCUAUGGUUAUCUUG